CCUUGUUAAGCGGGGCCUGCUGGAAAGCUGAGGGGCGGGCUCCUGGGACCACCUGCAGGCGUCAGGGAUGCAGGAGAGAAGAACCCAGCGGCCGGGCCGAUGGAGCUCUUGGUUUGGUUCGCUCCCAAAGCCCCAAGGUCAUGCGUGGACGCGGGUGUCCCAGAGCUCCCGGCCUGUCUACGGCCUAACGCGCGCUCCCUUCCUUCGCAGGCCCAGCCUCCGGACCCUGGUGUGGCGCAUGGAGCCAUGGCCCUGCUCCCCGGGCCCCGUUGGCGGGGCCCGCGCCCGGCACGUCAUCAUCAACGUGGGCGGCUGCAGGGUGCGCCUGGCCUGGGCCGCGCUGGCCCGCUGUCCCCUGGCGCGCCUCGAGCGCCUCCGCGCCUGCCGCGGCCACGACGAGCUGCUGCGCGUGUGCGACGACUACGACGUGAGCCGCGACGAGUUCUUCUUCGACCGCAGCCCGUGCGCCUUCCGCGCCAUCGUGGCGCUGCUGCGCGCCGGGAAGCUGCGGCUGCUGCGCGGCGCGUGCGCCCUGGCCUUCCGCGACGAGCUGGCCUACUGGGGCAUCGACGAGGCGCGCCUGGAGCGCUGCUGCCUGCGCCGCCUGCGCCGCCGCGAGGAGGAGGCCGCCGAGGCGCGCGCGGGGCCGGCGGAGCGCGGGGGCCCCGGCAGCCCGGCCUGCGUCCCUGGGUCCGGCGGCGGGCGGCUGGCGCGCGGCCGGCGGCGCCUGCGCGACGUGCUGGACGACCCGCGCUCGGGCCCGGCCGGCAAGCUCUUCGCCUGCGUGUCCGUGGCCUUCGUGGCCGUCACGGCGGUCGGCCUCUGCCUCAGCACCAUGCCCGACAUCCGCGCCGAGGAGGAGAGGGGCGAGUGCUCCCCCAAGUGCCGCAACCUAUUUGUGCUGGAGACGGUGUGCGUGGCCUGGUUCUCCUUCGAGUUCCUGCUGCGCUCGCUGCAGGCUGAGAGCAAGUGUGCCUUCCUGCGGACACCGCUCAACAUCAUCGACAUCCUGGCCAUCCUGCCCUUCUACGUGUCGCUGCUCGUGGGCCUGGCGGCGCGGCCGGGCGCAGGCGGCAACAAGCUGCUGGAGCGCGCGGGGCUGGUGUUGCGGCUGUUGCGCGCGCUGCGCGUGCUCUACGUCAUGCGCCUGGCGCGCCACUCGCUGGGGCUGCGCUCGCUCGGCCUGACCGUGCGCCGCUGCGCGCGCGAGUUCGGGCUGCUUCUGCUCUUCCUCUGCGUGGCCAUGGCCCUCUUUGCGCCACUCGUGCACCUGGCCGAGCGCGAGCUGGGCGCGCGCCGCGACUUCUCCAGCGUGCCAGCCAGCUACUGGUGGGCCGUCAUCUCCAUGACCACCGUGGGCUACGGCGACAUGGUGCCGCGCAGCCUCCCCGGGCAGGUGGUGGCGCUCAGCAGCAUCCUCAGCGGCAUCCUGCUCAUGGCCUUCCCAGUCACCUCCAUCUUCCACACCUUCUCGCGCUCCUACUCGGAGCUCAAGCAGCAGCAGCAGCGCGCCGCCAGCCCCGAGCCCGCCCUGCGCGAGGACAGCACGCACUCCGCCUCUGCCUGCGCCUCCGCCGCGGAGGACGAUGGCUCGCAGGGCCCCGACGGUACCGGCCCGACCGGGGACUCCGCGGCCGCGCUGUGGGCAUCCGCGGGGCCGCCCUGACCCGGCGGGGACGCGGCACCGGCGAAGAGGCUGCUUCCCUGGAGCUCCAGGACCAGAACCGCAUUCUCGCCUCCCGCUGCGCACGGAGGGACGGGGACGACUCUGGGGGCCCGGCUCCCUUUGCCGUGCAUGUUGCUCGCUCCGCACAGCCCAGAACUUGGCCCGGGGCUGACCCCGGCCUGAAUCGGGGGGUCACAGCCAUCCUGUGCUUUGGAGUUGAACUCCAAGGAGCGUCACCAGCCUGUCCUCCGCUUUCCUUCUGCCUCUGGACUUUUGACUCCGUGAUGGCCAGCUAAAAGUAAAUUCAGCGAUCCCAGAAGCUCCAAGCCUGUAGCUCGUCCCCAGGCCUCACUUUGACCUUCCCCUGCGCGUCACUGGUGGGGGUGGGGCGCAGUGGGGCUGGGAGAGGGCACAGUCCCUUCCUGCGCCCGCCGUGUCACCCACAGUGGGCCAUGCCCAUCAGAGGGGGUCUCCUCAUCACGCCUGCAGAAGCCCACAUCGCUGCCGAGCGAUAGGGACAGAGGUGUGACACUGAUGCUCACAGCACGCCAGUUCCUUCGGGGGAGGGAGGUCCCAGCCCUGACCUCUGACCUCCCUUCCCCGGCACAAGCUCCGUGGGGAUCUUCCGGGAUCCCUCCUCAUCUGUUCGCCCCUGAAAAUGCCCGGCAAAGCUGAAGGCCUGCACGUCAGCCGGCCCCACCCUCCCCUCGGGCGCCCCGGCCCCCGACCCCGCCCGGGGUGACUGAGCUGCUUCUCUGGAGGCCAGAGGAAUCUGUGCUCGUCACUUUCACUUCGCUCGUCACCCAGCACGGCU